AUGGCUUCCUCCAAAGACGCGAACUCCCAACAUGAAGAAUACCAAUAUUUGGACCUCAUCCGACGUGUCAUUGACACGGGUGAUGUUCGACCAGAUCGCACGGGAACAGGCACCCUCGCCCUCUUUGCGCCUCCGUCUCUUCGAUUCUCCCUUGCAAACAACACCCUUCCAUUACUUACCACAAAGCGUACAUUCCUUCGAGGAAUUGUCGAAGAGCUUAUAUGGUUCAUCCAUGGCUCAACUGACUCAACGUUACUCGCAAAGAAAGGCAUCAGGAUAUGGGAUGGGAAUGGGUCGAAAGAGUUCUUGGAGAGUAGAGGCUUGGGUCAUCGUCGUGAAGGGGAUCUUGGUCCUGUGUAUGGGUUCCAAUGGAGACACUUUGGGGCGGAUUACACUGACUGCGAAACGGAUUACGCGGGUCAAGGAGUUGAUCAGUUGAAGGAGUGCAUCGACAAGAUCAGGCACAAUCCUACUGAUCGCAGGAUCAUUAUGACUGCAUGGAAUCCAAAAGAUAUUCCGCAAAUGGCCCUGCCGCCUUGUCAUCUGCUAUGCCAAUUCUACGUCUCCUUGCCACCAGCAACAUCGCCAGACCAGAAGCCCAAGCUUUCCUGCUUGAUGUAUCAGCGCUCUGCGGAUCUCGGGCUUGGGAUACCUUUCAACAUCGCAUCAUACGCACUCUUGACGCAUAUGAUUGCCCACAUCACGAACACUGACGCUCAUGAACUCAUCAUUCAGCUCGGAGACGCGCACGUAUAUCGUGACCAUGUUGAGGCGCUUGAACAGCAGCUCAAACGGGUUCCUCGAGCAUUUCCAACACUACGAUGGGCGAGAGAGGGGAUCACCGAGAUAGACCACUUUUUGUACGAAGAUAUUGUGGUAGAAGGCUAUCAGCCUCACCCCUCGAUCGCGAUGAAAAUGAGCGUAUAG